GCAUGACAUAACUGACUGACAUCAACAUCAAGCGUAAUCUCACCAAAUGUAUUAAUGAGCUUAUUCCGGAAAAUAGGGAGAGGGGUAGGUAAUUCUUUAUUCUACUGGAAGAAGAUCCAGAACCGAUGCAAUGCAAGAAGAUCCAAGACAGCCUGAGUAUAUGGACAGGGUUUUCCUCGUAGUCUUCCGAUAUCGGUACCUAAAUUUUGAAGUAACCAUCAAGGUUGUGAGCC